UCGUUUCCAUCUUGCAUCUACCAACUGAAUACCCUCGUCCAGUGCCAUAUCUCUCCUUCAAUGUCUCUUUGUCCCGUCUCUAUCAGAUUCAGUCCCUUGUUGUUUUAUCAUCAAGGAAGAAGAACAGAACAAAAAUAACGAGCAACCACGCAACCAUGGCGGCAAAAAUGGGUUCUUUUAGAUAUACUUUUGCAGAGAAGCGAGAGAGAUUGCUUUCUACGAAGGGUUAUUCCGAGAUUGGCUUUCCUAAUAUAUAUGAAGAACAAUAUAAUUCGAGAAAUUGCUGUAGCUAUCGUUUCUGGUGCGAUAAUGUUGCUGGGUUCUGCAGAAGUGUGCAGGAUGUUGCCAUUAAGGCUUAUGAGAUGGGUAGGUCCGAUCCCAGAAAGAUUGUGUUCGCCGCGAAGAUGGGUUUGGCUUUGAUGCUCAUUUCCAUGCUGAUUUUCUUGAAAGAGCCAAUUAAAGAACUUAGUCGAUAUUCUGUUUGGGCUGUUCUUACCGUUGUUGUUGUCUUUGAAUUCAGUAUAGGUGCAACUCUCAGCAAAGGAUUUAAUCGUGCACUCGGGACAUUAUCAGCAGGAGGCCUUGCUCUUGGCAUGGCAGAAUUGGCUCAAUUAUCUGGACAGUGGGAAGAAGUUGUUAUCAUUCUUAGUAUUUUCAUCGCAGGCUUUUGUGCUUCUUAUGCAAAAUUGUAUCCAACAAUGAAGCCUUAUGAAUAUGGGUUUCGUGUGUUCUUGUUGACUUAUUGUAUGGUCAUGGUGUCUGGGAAUAGGACACGGGAAUUUCUCCAUACAGCUGUUAUACGAUUUGUGCUUAUUGCAUUGGGUGCUGCAGUUGGUUUGGCAGUAAACAUAUGCAUUUAUCCCAUCUGGGCUGGUGAGGAUCUGCACAACUUGGUCGUGAAAAACUUUAUGCGAGUGGCAACUUCUUUGGAAGGUUGUGUUAAUGAGUACCUGAAUUGCAUAGAAUAUGAAAGGAUCCCUUCCAAAAUCCUUACUUAUCAGGCUUCUGAUGACCCACUUUAUAGUGGCUACAGAUCAGCUGUAGAAUCUACAAGCCAAGAGGAAACAUUGGUGGGUUUUGCUAUUUGGGAGCCACCUCAUGGUCCUUAUAAAUCAUUUAGUUACCCAUGGAAGAACUAUGUAAAAGUGAGUGGUGCCCUAAGGCAUUGUGCAUUCAUGGUCAUGGCACUGCAUGGGUGUAUACUUUCGGAGAUACAGGCUCCUGCUGAGCGAAGACAAGUCUUUCGGCAAGAGUUGCAAAAUGUAGGAUCUGAAGGGGCUAAAGUGCUGCGUGAGCUUGGGAACAAAGUGAAAAGGAUGGAGAAACUGGGUUCAGAAGACAUUCUUUAUAAGGUUCAUGAGGCUGCAGAAGAGUUGCAAAACAAGGUGGACAGGAAAUCAUAUCUUCUUGUCAAUUCAGAGAGCUGGGAAAUUGGAAAUGCAGCAAAUGAUAUGGGAGAGCCUCAGGAGUUGCUUAACUUUGAUGAUGGUAUAAAUAAAGUGUUGCAACACAAAUCCCGUAGCGAAGCUGUGCUUGAUCUCAGAUCAUUGACCAUACCAAAAAGUUGGGAAGGCAUGACACAUGUCAAUGACUUCAAGCCUCCCUUGCCUCCAGGUGUUUCUACGGAAACCUUGUUCAAGAAACAGGUCUCCUGGCCCAACCGUAUCUCAUUUACUGCCGAUGCUGUCCCACAGUUGGAAGAAUCAAAAACAUAUGAAAGUGCUAGUGCAUUGAGUCUGGCAACAUUUACAUCACUUCUGAUUGAAUUUGUUGCAAGGCUGCAAAAUCUUGUGGAUGCAUUCGAAGAAUUAAGUGAGAAAGCAAAUUUUAAAGAACCAGAGGAGCUGAUAGCAGAAGCAGUGAUAGAACCUACCGGGUUCUGGAAGAGAUUGCUCAGAGGUUUGAAGUUGCGGAACUAAUUAAAUUCUGAACAUGAUUAAAGAUCUUGAAGCGCAGAAAACUCUGAAAAGGAUCAAUUCCUUGAUUAGAAUGACAUUUUACUGAUACUUGUAUAUUCUAGGUUCUGAAAUACAAUAAUUUUUUUGGCUUCGACUUGAUGGAACAUCACAAUGACCAGUGCCAGAGUUUGAUUCCACGGGGUGCUCAAGGGAUGUCGAUAUUUAGGAUGAUAUUGCAUGACCGCUCAAGGUGUUCGGUUCAGAUCAUCUCCAGAUAAAGAAGGAUAGGCAGUAAUUUUGCAGUUUCAAGAAUUUAUAGUGCAACUGCAUAAUCAAAGGGACACUGGAUAAAAGAUGAUGCAUGCAUGGACAUGGGACCCUACAUGUGGAUGUUAGGGCAAGAAAUUUGACAUGUAAAUGUAAUUCGUAAUUAGAGACACAUCUCUCUGUUGUUUUCUUCAGGAUGCCUUGUCUAUCAUCCUUGAAUAUUUGAACAUGUAAGUAUGCCUCAACUCCAUUCUCAAAGAUAACUCUGUUCUCAUUCUUUUUU